UCUACAUUCUCCCAACAGAAAAGAGAGUUUUCCAACAAGAAGCCUCCCUAUUCCUACGUUGCUCUCAUCACCAUGGCCGUCGAGAGUUCCACAACAGGCAUGAUGACACUCAACGACAUCUACAACUACAUCGUCAAGAGAUUCCCUUACUACGAAGACAACCAACGGAGAUGGCAAAACUCCAUCAGACACAACCUCUCCCUCAAUGACUGUUUCGUCAAGGUACCCCGACCCCCGGGGAAACCAGGCAAAGGUAACCUGUGGGCUCUGCAUCCAUCUUGUGGGGACAUGUUCGGUAACGGCAGUUUUCUUCGUCGUUCUAAACGUUUCAAGUCAGGAGACAAACAGCGACAAGAUGAAGCCACCGUCCAACGUCUUACCUCUUAUGGCCUUUUAGGUUUAUAUGGAGGCCAGUCCCCCUACCUUGGCUUCAGCCCCCUCAGUCUUGCCCCCUUAACCCAGGGACUGACCCAGACACACGCCUACAGCACAGCAAAUAGGCCUGACCCCAGUCCCUGGACUAUGACAUCUCCUACAGUCUACACUCCUCCUACAGCUGGCUACUACAACGCCAGCAGCAUGAACAGCUCCCUGACCGGCUCCCCUCUCUCCAGCUCUCCCCCGGGAAGCUCGACCCUGGAAAGUGAGAUUUUCAAAAACUGUUUUCUCGCUCCCCCAGUGAUGGACACAGUCAAGAUGAGCAGAAUCACGAACACAAUAGAAACGCAGUGA